AUUUAUAAGAGCGCAGCACAAGUGUCCGCUUGCAUUAUAUUGCAGAAAAUAUUGUGUGCGUUUGAAAAUAAAUAAGUAAAAAGAACAAAAGAAAUAAAAAAAAAUGUCUGGAAGAGGAAAGACUGGUGGCAAAGCACGUGCUAAGGCUAAGACUCGCUCAUCUCGAGCUGGGUUGCAGUUUCCCGUCGGUCGUGUUCACAGGCUCCUGAGAAAAGGCAACUAUGCUGAGCGGGUGGGCGCUGGUGCUCCCGUCUACUUGGCUGCUGUUCUCGAGUAUCUGACCGCUGAAAUUCUCGAGUUAGCCGGCAAUGCUGCCCGUGACAACAAGAAAACCAGGAUCAUUCCUCGUCAUCUGCAGUUAGCUGUGCGUAACGACGAGGAGCUCAAUAAGUUGUUGGGUGGCGUGACCAUCGCUCAGGGUGGUGUGUUGCCAAACAUUCAGGCUGUACUUCUGCCCAAGAAAACCGAGAAAGCAGCUAAGAGCAAGUAGAUGAGGACGUUCCGUUUAUUGACACCAACGGCUCUUUUCAG